AGUCACCUACUACCCUGAAACAUCCCCCAACCCAACCAAUCCUUUCUGCUUCACUUUCCCAAGAAGCUCUUUCUAGGGUUUCCUCUCAUCUCAUGCACACAGUAUACACUUAUUACAGUUAUAUCAAUCCUGAAAUUUGAGCCCUGAUUAGAUUAGAUUGAAUAUGGUUCUUCAGCUCUGAUUCUGAACCCAUUCUCUGAUGACUGUUGUUGAUCUUGGAAAUUUCUUGCCCCAACUGGAGUUUUCUUCAGCCUGUGUAGGUUAUUGUAUGUUAUACUGUCUCUAUGAUCAGCACAUCACUGUACAAUUGAGAGUCUAAAGAUUCCUUUUCCAGUCUCCAUGUUGCCAGAGGGUUAGAGCAGUUAUGGCUUGCAUGAAGACUGCCAUUCGUCUUAAGGGUUAUUUGUGCCGUCAUCUCCUACUGCUUGUUAUCUGGUUGUCUAGCUAUCUGAAUGUAGUGACUCUGCAGAUGCUACCUGAACCUAGCAGUUACACUUCUCUUUCUGCACUAGCCAGCCCACCCAAAAGUGGAAUGUUUGAACCAAUUGAGAUAUCACCUGCUGUGAUCCCACAUUAUCCCUUUCCAGGUGAACCUUUGCCACCAAUGUACCCUACUUUCCCUACCACAUAUAAUCCAAUCUUGACUGGAAGAUGCCCUGUAGAUUUCUCUGUGAUUUCAAGUAUAACAGAAAAAACAGCAUCCGAUUGUACUACACCCCUGUCAACAAUAGUAAGAAACGUUAUAUGCUGUCCACAAUUCAAUAGCUUCCUUCACAUAUUCCAGGGGUUCUACAGCACCAAUUCUAGUUCUUUAGUUUUACAAGAUGCGGUUGCUGAUGAUUGUUUUAAAGAUAUCAUCAGUAUAUUAGCCAGCAGAGGGGCAAAUGGAUCUGUAUCUAGCAUGUGCUCUGCAAAGUCAUUGAAUCUCACCGGUGGAUCUUGCCCUGUGAAAGAUGUAACUACUUUUGAGAAGAUGGUAAAUACUAGCAAAUUGUUGGAGUCCUGCAGCACAAUUGAUUCUCUUAAGGAGUGCUGCAGGCCAAUUUGCCAGCGUGCAAUUUCAGAGGCUUCACUUCAAAUUUCUGGGAUAAAAUCAAAUGUCACCGAUAAUAAGAGUUUACUAGGAGCACCUAGUCAGAUUGAUAGUCUUAAUGAUUGUAAAGGAGUGGUGUAUUCGUGGCUAGCCAGGAAACUGCCAUUUGAUGCUGCAAAUAAAGUAUUUCGGUUACUAUCUUCCUGCAAAGUUAACAAAGUUUGUCCUUUGGAUUUCAAGCAGCCAUCAGAAGUGAUCAAAGCAUGCCAAAACUUAGCUGCUCCCAGUCCUUCGUGUUGCAGCUCACUAAAUUCAUAUAUUGCUGAGAUACAAAAGCAAAUGUUGAUUACUAAUCGACAAGCAAUAAUAUGUGCAACUGUAUUUGGAUCGAUGUUACAGAGGGCUGGGGUGAUGACAAAUGUGUAUCAGCUCUGUGAUGUGGACUUAAAAGAUUUUAGCCUUCAAGCAUACGGACAAGAGGCAGGGUGCUUGCUUCGGAGCUUGCCUGCAGAUUUAGUGUAUGACAACUCAACAGGCUUCAGCUUUACCUGUGAUUUGAAUGAUAAUAUUGCAGCUCCAUGGCCUUCAUCAUCCUCUGAUACAUCAUUAUCUCUUUGUGCACCUGAGAUGUCCUUACCAGCAUUACCAACAUCAGAGACUAUGGGUAAUUCUGGGUGUUGCAUACAUGCGUUGGAUAUCUCUGUGUCGAUUCUUUUGUUUUUUGUUUCCACGUUGUUGUACUGAAGAGAAUUAGUAGCAUAUUGAGCCGGUUUGAAGUAGGGAGAGCAUUAGAUGGACAUUGAGCAGAUCUCAUGUAUAUGUUUUUAACAUACACCUUCUUGUAUAGCUGCUGUUUUUGGUAAUCCACUCCUAGUUUUCUAUGAAAGAUUUUCUAAUGA